GUCGACAGAAGUUGUCCAAAUCAACAAAGGGUCAGCUCUACAAAGUCAAGAAAAGUGACAGGAUCCACUUCGCUCGACCCAGGAUGGGGCCUGGGACCCUUUUCGUGGUUUGUGCGAUUGUCUCGGCAUGUUUGGCUGAUAUACAGCUAGAGCCAGAGAGGCACUCCCUGUACUAUGUGUACAUAGCCCUGUCACAGCCCGUCUCUGCUCCUGGCAUCUUUGAGUUCACUGCCAUGGGACUACUAGACGACAGGAAGAUGGACUACUAUAACAGCACGGCCCAGGUCAAGAUUCCUGAACAGGAUUGGAUGAGAGAAAGGCUUCCCGCAGACUACUGGGAGAAGGGCACCCAAUCACGCAAGAGUAAACAGAAGUGGUUCAAAGUCAACAUCGACAUCGUGAUGGAACGCAUGAGGCACAACGCAAGUGAUGUCCAUUCCCUGAUGUGGAGACAUGGCUGUGAGGCUGUCAGAACGGCAGAUGGUUCUCUGCAGUUUGUCAAGGGUGUUGAUGAAUACAGCUACGAUGGCAUGGAUUUCCUCUCCUUUGACAAUGAUGAAAUGCAGUGGGUGGCACCAGUCAAUGAAGCUCUACAGACCAAACGGAAGUGGGACGACAUGCCAAUCCUGAACCAGUACACCAAGGGCUACCUGGAGAAGGAGUGUGUGCAGUGGCUGGACAAGUUCCGAACAUAUGGAGACAAGGAGCUUACAGAAAGCCAAAAACAACAUCCCCCAAAGGUUCAUCUUUUUGCCAGAAACGGGAGACCUCAUGGUAGAUACCAGUUGGCAUGCCUGGCCACAGGUUUCUACCCAAAGGACAUCAAGAUCAGCAUCCUGAAGAAUGAUUGGCCUGAGAAGCAGGGUCACCCAGAUGAUGUCUUGCCUAACGGAGACGGAACCCACCAGAUCAGAGUGACCAUCAUGGCAGAGAAAGACGAGAUACACAUGCAUAGAUGUAAAGUGGAAAACAGGAUCCUGCCUGAACCCAUUAUAGUGGAAUGGGAAGCAGGCUUCUACCCGAAGGACAUCAAGAUCAGCAUCCUGAAGAAUGAUUGGCCUGAGAAGGAUGGUCAUGAAAGGGAUGUCUUGCCUUACGGAGACGGAACCCACCAGAUUAGAGUGACCACCAUCGCGGAGAAAGAGGAGAUACAUAUGCAUAGAUGCAAGGUGGAACACAGGACCCUGGACAAACCCAUUAUAGUGGAAUGGGACAAAGAGCGAAAACUUUUCGAGGAUCCCGGCCCCGUCUCCGACUCUGGCCCACCAAUUGGACCAAUUGCUGGUGGUGUCAUAACACUGCUGCUUAUUGCUGCUGGUCUGGUGAUCUUCUUGGCCAAAAUGAGAAAGAAACUCUGCUUCGUUGGAGUUAGAGACCUGCAUUCCCGCGGGAGUCCCGCGGGACCCAAUGCAAAGCAGUGCGGCGCGGAACAAAUAUUGAAAGCUCAUUGCGGGUGCGGGCGGGAGGGAGAGCGCACAGUGCGGGUUGCGGGCGGGAACGGUGAUGAGCGGCAGUCCCGCGAACUAAAAACGUGUUUUAAAAUGUAA